AUAUAUGGCGUGAAUGAGGGCGAGUCCUGUCACGACGACAACGACUGCGAACCCGGCUUAAGAUGUCUCGACAAUCAGCCAAUGAUGACGUCUUCAAGACAACGGCAGCAGAAGUCGUGUCAACCGCCAGGAAGGGAUAUGAUGAAGAAGCAGUACAAUGACGAGUGCGUGACAUCGAGUGAAUGCGAUGCGAGUCAUGGGCUGUGCUGUCAGCUCAUAAAGCGUCACCGAAUGGCGCCCCGAAGGCUGUGCUACUACUUCUCGGACCCGAAGUCGUGCAUCGGUUCAGUGGACGUGACGUUCGCCAAACCGAGUCCUGCCGUCAGUUCCGGCGCUUACAGUAACCGCCUCUUCAAAGCCAGAAUCGGAUGAAUCGAGACGUCCGGCGAUUUGAGAAGAAAAUUAUCGAAAAAACAAAAUAUUUUAUAAAAACUCUUUAAAACUCUUCGAAACAAAUACACGAAAAAUCUUUCAUUAUUUUGUCGAUAAAUGAAAUCAAUGGUUAUAUAAAUAUGAAAAUUUUUCCGAUUAAUGUUUGUAUUUAUUAAUUCAAUUCGUUUAUGAAUUUUAUUGUUAAGCAUUAUUGUUAUGGGAAGUCACAUAUUAUCAUAUAAGCAAUACAUUAUUAUACUUAUUGUCUGAUUUGAAC